AUGGAAAGCCAAGAUUUUUAUAACAUGUUUGCGGGUAGUGGUGGAGUUACUCAGAGUCCUGCUAGCAUCAUGCAGAAUGUAAAUCUGGAAAACGAGCUUGGAACGAUGCAGAAGCCUCCGAAAUUGAUGAGUUUGGAUGAAUAUUCAGGGUGGUCCGGGAGGUUCAAAAAUUGGGUGCAGGCCAACCAUCUAGAGUGCUGGAUAAAAAUCGAACGAAAGUAUGUUCCUCCGGUAGACGGGUUGAAUAUGUUGAAGACCAUUGCCAGUCUUACAGAUGCGGAACAGGUCGAGUUCAAAGCAGAAAAGAAGAUGGUUAGCAUUCUGCAGCAAGUGAUAAAAGAGGAUAUUCUAGUUCUGCUACAGCACGAUGAUAGUGCACAGUCGAUAUGGCAAGCUUUAGAACAGAAAUUCAAAGGCAGUGCGUCAAUGAUCAAAAGUAAAAAGGCACUGAUAAAGAAAGAAUUUGACAUCUUCACAGGAAUUAAGGGUGAAUCAACGAAGCAGCUUAUCGAGAGGUACUGUCAUCUGGUGGUAGAGAUGAGAAGUUCAGAUUUCGUGAACUAUAGUUUGAGCAUGUUUAUAGAGAAGAUCGAGGCUCAUGAGUUGGAAUUGGUAAAGAUCAAAAAGAUGAACUCAGCGAAUAUGCCACAAGAUGUGUCUUUGUAUUAUAAGAAUAGUCCGGCAACAUCGAAUGUUCAGAGUCCGAAGAUUCAAACCGGGUUUAGUGCAGACAACACAUCUACUGCUGCUUCAAAUGUCUAUCAGUCAAAUCAGUCGACUCCAUUUGCCAACUUCGAACCAAAUGUCAAAGUCUCAGAGCAGAAUUCUCCUCAAAGUUCUACAGGUUCAAACCAACAGACGUUUGUGUCCGAUGUUCAAUGCAACAUAGCGGUCAACAUCAAGAAUGGGAAUGAGAUCACCGAGAAUGCAGCCAAGCAGCAUAUUGCUUUACUGGCAUCAGUUCUGGAAGCUUAUGAAGGAAAGGAUAAUCAAGCAAUGAUGGCUGAGGUAGUUGAGAUUACCGAGACAGUUGCAGAGUCGAAGGUUAUCGAUGAGGUAGUUACUGAGAAUAUCGGUGAAGUAGUUUCUGAGAGUGUUGUUGAGUCUGGUUCUGAAGUAGUUGAGGAAGUAGUUACUGAGAUGGUAGAUGAAGUUUCUAAAGUGGUGGUUGAAGAAGUUGUUGAGGUUGUUGAUCAAAUGAUUCCGGAGAUUGUUGAAAAGGUUUCUACAGAUAGUUCUGCAAAAGCUGAGGAAUCAGUGAUUGAAGUUCUCAACUUUCAAUCACGGCAGGAGGAAUUUGUUUAUACAAUGAAAUCUAUUCUGCCUCCUAACGUUUUUGAUUCUUUUGCAGAUUAUUUUGAAGAGCCAAGAACUGGAACGUGUCCAAGAUUUGAAGCAGAGAAAGAAGAAGUCGAGGAGGUGAUUGACGUUUCCAAAGAAAUGAAUGGAGAGGCUCUAAAGGAAAUUGCAGACAAAGCGUUGAUGAGCAAGUUGCAAGAGAUAGACACAGAUUUCCAGGAGUCAGUUGAUAAGAUGUCAGUUCUUGGAGAGGAAAUUGGAGUCCUAGAGGUCAAAGUUGUCAAAUCGUCUGAGUUAGAGUCAAUUCAAGUUGUCAAAACUGUCAUUGAUCAGGUUUUGGAUGAUGAAAGUGAAAAUUCUGAGAAGGCUAACUCGGUGAAGUCUGUCUAUGAUUCUGAGGAGGAUGGGAAUUUCUUAGAUGCACAAAAGCUGAAAGUGGAAACUGUUACUAGCACUUUUGUAGAGUAUGAUAAACGUGUGUGCUAUCGCUGCAAUGAAAUCGGACAUAUGGCUAAACAAUGUCAGAAAGUUUUUGAGAAACCAAAGGUUGAAAAACCUAAGGUUCAAAACAAGAGUAUUUCAAAACAAAUGGUUCACAAAUCUCGACCAAAGUCACCGGUUGUUGAAAAGGGUAAACAAAAAAUGAUUUCCCCGAUCCGUAUUCUUAAAAGAGGUGAAACCUUGAAGUCGGAGGAUAAGCCGAAGUCGAUUUUCGAAAUUGGCGAAUCUUCUAAGUCUCACAAGACUUCAAAGUUUUACCCCAAAGCAAAAGUUUUUGAAAAUCAAUCAUGGAUCGUGAAAUCGAAACCGCCAGUUGAAAUAAAGAAAAUGGAAAGUGUUUUAAAAAAUGAGUCAAAUCUUGUUAAAGAUGAUGUUGUUGAGUUUGAGUCUAAGCUUGAUAAGUUUUUGUCAGAAUUUCCCACAUUGAACAACAAAGUAAAACAAGAUGUGAAAGAAAAAGAGGCUUCAAAUGGGCUGCCCAAGUCUGUUCUUUCAAGGUGGAUAAUGGACAGUGGAGCAUCUCGCCACAUGACUGGGUCAUUAGCUCUCUUAUAUGAUGUCAAAGCGAUAAAUGAAAGCUUACCAACGGCCGUUCCUUUUACAAAAUCAGAGUGUUUGGUUUUAAAGCCAGGGUUUAAAGUCCCUGAUGAGUUGGUGCUGUGGCGCGCUCCGAGGGUUAACGAUUUUUACAUUUUAGACAUGAGCGCUGCGACACCAACAACUCCUCAAAAACAAUGUUUUGUUACAAAAUCAAAAGCUACUGAAAAAGAAACUGUGAUGUGGCACCGGAAAAUGGGUCAUAUUCAUGUACGAAAGAUGAAUUUUCUAGUGCACAACGAUUUAGUUGAGGGUGUAAAUGUUAAGAAUUUUCAUUUGUCUGAUGAUUGCAUUGCUUGUAAAAAAGGUAAACAGGUUCGAAAGUCACAUCCGCAGAAGAUGCUCAACACUAUCGGAUUACCUCUCGAGAGAUUGCACAUGGAUCUCUUCGGGCCUGUUAAUGUCAAAAGCAUCAGCGGGGAUUCUUAUUGUUUGGUGGUGACAGAUGAUUAUUCGAGGUUUUCGUGGGUCGCAUGUUUGGAAAGAAAGGAUGAAAUUUUCGAGACGUUGAUGAUUUUGUUUAAGAAGAUGGAAACGGCGUCAGCAAAUGUUUUGUUCGAUCCUAUUCACAACAGCUGCAUUGAUUUAGAUGUGGAGAAGAGUCCAUUAUUGUCAGAAUUUAGCAGCAUCUUAGACUAUAUGAAUCGUAUUCCAGUGAAGAAAGCGAUGACUGACUAG